UAAAGAUAGAGCAUCACAAUCACCAUUAUAAUCAACUCCAAACAUUUCAUUUUCUUCUGCCAGUUUAUCUACACCAUUUACAUCAAAUUCCACUACUACUAUUAUUACAACUUCUCCUAUUGAUUCAUUCUCUACAAAUCCUAUUUUUCCUGUUUUUCUAAUCACAAGAGUUUGAUCCUGCUCGUUUCUCAUCACAAUCCUUAAGUUCAGGUUCAGCAGCUGCUCCUACCGAGAAAUUAGAAGGGAUUCUUCUUCUUGAGAAACAACUCAAAUCCGAAAUUUUAUCCCGUCAUCAUGAUCUUCCUCAUCGUCGGAUUAGAAUUUUGAGUUUUGGAUUCAAUGCCUGGAGAUUCUUCAAAUGAACAAGACACAGAUGAUUCAGAUACGUUUGAAGAGAUCGAUCCAACUCGUCGAUACGGCCGUUUCUUUGUUUCUUUUGCAGUAUAAAGAGAUUUUAGGAAAAGGGGCAUUCAAAACAGUGUACAAAGCAUUUGAUGAAAGGGAGGGAAUUGAAGUAGCAUGGAAUCAGAUUAAAGUAGCUGAUGUAUUACGAAACUCGGAAGAUUUGGAACGCCUUUACUCCGAAGUUCAUCUGCUCAAGACAUUGAAACACAAGAACAUUAUCAAGUUUUACAACUCAUGGGUUGAUACAAAACACAAUUAUAUCAACUUUAUCACUGAGAUAUUUACUUCUGGAACACUGCGACAGUACCGAAAGAAACACAAACAUGUGGAUUUAAGGGCAUUGAAGAAUUGGUCGAGGCAGAUCUUGCAGGGUCUUCUCUAUCUGCAUAGUCAUGACCCUCCUGUAAUUCAUCGUGAUUUGAAAUGUGAUAACAUUUUUGUUAAUGGGAACCAAGGAGAGGUGAAAAUUGGCGAUCUUGGACUGGCUGCCAUUCUCAAAAAAGCUGCUUCAGCUCAUAGUGUGAUUGGAACUCCCGAGUUCAUGGCACCAGAGCUUUAUGAGGAAGAAUACAAUGAGCUUGUAGAUAUAUACGCCUUUGGCAUGUGCUUAUUGGAAUUGGUAACCUUUGAGUAUCCUUACGUGGAAUGCAACAAUGCGGCUCAAAUUUACAAGAAAGUGAUUUCGGGCAAAAAGCCUGCGUCGUUAGAAAAGGUGAAGGAUCCCGGAGUGAGAAUGUUCAUAGAAAAAUGCAUUGCUAAUGCCUCUCAUAGACUGCCUGCUGCAGAGCUAUUGCUGGAUCCCUUUCUCCAGGAUGACGAGAAUGAAAGUGUAGGUCGCUCAUUACGACCAAAUCCUAGUCAUUCAGAUCUUAACAGUAAUAGCACAGGUUCUUUUAGUACGGACGAGGAUAUUCAUGGGUCAAAUAGAGGCUUCCUCAUAGAAGGUCAAAGGAAAGACAUAAACACUAUAUUCUUGAAACUACGAAUCCCAGAUCCGACAGGUCAUGCUCGAAAUAUUCACUUCCCCUUCGAUAUUGAGGUUGACACAGCAUUAAGUGUUGCUAGUGAAAUGGUUGUAGAGUUAGAUCUUACAAAUCAAGAUGUUACAACUAUUGCUGAUAUGAUUGAUUUAGAAAUUCGGUCGCAUAUUCCAGAGUGGGUACCUGGAAAAGGACUAGAUGAGAAUUUUGACGGGAGUGUUUCAAUUUCGGAUGAUGGGCCCGAAACCAAAGACGAAUUAUCUCCAAUGGGAAGUGAUUCUGAUCCUCGUUCAAGUGGGCUUAUUCUUGAACGACUCCCUUCGGGUAGGAGGUACUGGUGUGACUCCCCCAAGUCUGUGGGUGGAAGCUCUCCAUUGAGGCCUACUACCCAGGCAAACUUAGCUUCCCAGAUGGAUGCUGGUGUUGGCGGUCAUUGUUUAGUUGAUGAUCAUGAAUCUCAUUGUGGGCAUCAAAGUGAGGAAGAUUAUGAAAACGAUGUUGCUUUAAUAAAAAAGAAAGAAGUUUUUACACUACAAAUCGGAAGUAGUGGCUUGAAUAUGUGCUCCAAAGGCGGCAAUGGAUAUUCAAGUGACGAGGUUGGUGAGAAAAACACAGAAGUUGAAGUUAAUGCAUCUUCAAGAGCGUGCGAUAUUCAAAAUACGGAGGUUGCAAAUCAACAACCCAACAAACAAAUAUCUACUCCUGAGAAUUGUGAAAUGAUGAUUGGCAGUGUGCAGAAAGAUGUGACAAUUAUCACAGAAAAAUUAAAGCAGCUUAUGUUAGAACAUGAAAGGGAGCUCAGCGAACAGAAGAGGAAGCAUGAAGAGGACAUAGCUGAUCUCCUGAAAGAACUUGCUCCGGAAACUCGGAGUAUAGUUUUGACUGCAUGCCACUUGAGCUCUCCCACAGAAAAUGAUUUGAGCAACUCUUUAGUUUCAUGUAUACCUGAUAAUCUGUCUAAGAGUAGAAGUGAGACAGACAUGCAAGGAAAUCCCAGCAAUGUUGUUAUUGUUGGAAAAGUUGGGAAGCAAGAAUUAGUUGCUGAGAAUAGUGUUGUUAGACCUGUCUUUAGUAGAGGUAGAUCAUCCAUUUUAAGGGGGGAUUUGGGAUCUUCUUCGAGUAAGGGUAUUGCGGUAGUUCUGGUAGAUGAUUUAUAGCAUAAUCACGGGAACACCAUCAAGCUUGACAACAAAAACAGAAAUCCCGUUUGAUGUUUUCAAGUUGUUGGACAAGAACAGUUUCAAACAAGGAUUCAACGCCCAUGUAUACAACUUACCUCGUUACACUCAUCACGUUUCCUUAAAUUGUGCAUUUUAGUGAAAGUGAGUUUGAUAUUUAUAAGUGCCCAAAUUUAGUGAAAGUGAGUUUGAUAUUUAUAAGUGCCCAAAAAUUGGGUCAUACAGCUGUAAUCUUGUACAUUAUCACAUAUCUUCAUUCUUUUGUCACAAUAUCA